CUCUACCUCUGCCUCUGCCUUUGCAAACCUCAAAUCUCCUCGAUCAAUCGCCCCGACUUCCCUUCCACACGACGCGAUACACCUCCCCCUCUGCGUGCGGACGAGGUCUCAUCAUGGAGAUGCCUGGCGCCGAGCAAGCACCUCUCGCAAAUAGUUAUGGCGGCGGCCAAACCAGGACACCACCAGCACCAGCACCAGCACCAGCCGGCGCGAAUGCCCUCCCUAAUUCUCAGACACCUGGCCACCCCAGUUUUAGAAGGUACGUCGAGCGACGGCUUGCGCAACGUCACCACAGAGACUGAUGCGCAGCAAAACAGGCAGCGUGCAUCCAGAGCUUGCGAGGUAUGUACUUGUACUGUGAAGCAAUCCAUCCGACUCUCCUACCGCUGUGGUCGAAGCGUGCCGAGGCACCGAGGGACAGCCUGCGAUGGAGGGAUGGAGGGACGACUCAAAAUUCUAUGGCUUGGACAGACAUUGGACAUUGGACAUUGGACAACUUGCUAACCAGAUAUCGCUGCUACUAGACUUGUCACGCAAGAAAGGUAAGACGAUCCUUCACCAUGUCGUCGAUAUUGAGCGUUGCGCCGACCAUUCCCGACCACCCAUCACCCACCCGACUAGGUACAUUGCAGGUGAGGGGAUCUUGUUGUUGACGCGGAAACUAGGUUCGAUGCGAUGCUGCCAGCCUGGGAGUGCCGUGCACCAACUGCGUAGCUUUUUCUAUCGAGUGCAAGAUCCCGACGCCCAAACGGAAGAAGACAACUGCCGGCAAGGCAAAGGAUUCAGACAGGUGUGUGUCGCUGCUGCCAGGGACGACAUGUAUCUAAUUGCGCUGCAGUGAUCGAGGAGAUCCCGUCGAGGAACGUUCCCCCCGGAAUGAGACCCCCGCCGUCAACGAAUUACAGAACAUACGAAGCCAGAAUGCAUAUAAUACACAAGAUGGCACCCCUCCCACCUCUCUCACCGAGGCACAGAUGCGCCAGCGGGCAGACGACGACAAGACCUACGCUCAAUUCAUGAAGCCCAAAUUUACCCGUGCUCCCAUCAAGGAGGCAGGCAGAGUGGCAUAUCUUGGGGAGUCCUCGAACCUUACUCUCCUCGUCCAUGACCGACACGGUACAGCGGAUGUAGUACAUUACCCAUUGCCGGAAAAUGUGAGAGGCACUCGUGCGAGAUUGACGGAACUGGAUAAUGUAGAAAUUGACAUCCUUCAUCAAAGAGGUGCAUUUCUACUUCCCCCAAGAGGACUCUGCGAUGAGCUUGUCGAUGCAUAUUUCAAUUGGGUGGCCCCUAUCGUUCCAGUCAUCAACCGAAACAGAUUCAUGAGACAGUACCGAGACUCCAAGAAUCCACCCUCUUUGCUUUUGCUACAGGCAAUUCUGCUGGCAGGUUCAAGAGUUUGCACCAAUCCUCAGCUCAUGGACGCCAAUGGAUCAACUACACCGGCUGCUUUGACCUUUUACAAGAGAGCAAAGGCCCUUUAUGAUGCAAAUUACGAAGAUGACCGUGUAACGAUUGUCCAAGCAUUGGUCUUGAUGGGCUGGUACUGGGAAGGCCCCGAGGAUGUCACUAAGAACGUCUUUUACUGGAGCAGAGUGGCCACCAUCGUAGCACAAGGCUCUGGUAUGCAUCGAAGUGUUGAAGGCUCUCAGCUUUGCAAGGCCGACAAAAGACUAUGGAAGCGAAUCUGGUGGACACUCUUCACCCGUGAUCGUUCAGUUGCUGUUGCACUGGGACGGCCAGUUCAUAUUAAUACCGAUGACUCGGAUGUGGAGAUGGUCUCAGAGGAAGAUUUCAUCGAGGACGAGGAAGAUCAACCGAGCGAAUACCCCCCUGAUGUCCUGCACGUUCAAUUCUUCUUACAAUAUGUCAAACUGUGCGAGAUCAUGGGACUUGUUCUUUCGCAGCAGUAUUCCGUUGCUUCCAAGGCCCGACGCCAGAAUGCAAUAGACCUCACGCAUAGUGACAUGGCUUUGGCUGAUUGGCUUCAAAACUGCCCGAAAGAGGUCUACUGGGAGUCACCAAGGCAUCAUUUCUGGUCAGCUCUACUCCAUUCUAAUUACUACACCACUCUCUGUCUGCUGCAUCGGGCGCAUAUGCCUCCUGCUAGCGGUCGAGGCGGUACAAGUCAAUUGGAAGAUAGCGCCUACCCGUCGAGGAAUAUCGCAUUUCAGGCUGCUGCCAUGAUUACUUCGAUUAUUGAAAAUCUUAGUGCACAUGACGAGCUCCGCUAUUGUCCGGCUUUCGUCGUGUACAGUCUGUUUUCGGCACUCAUCAUGCACGUUUAUCAAAUGAGAUCUUCAGUACCUUCCGUUGUUCAAGCAACCCAAGAGCGAUUGCGAAUUUGUAUGAACGCUUUGAAGGAUGUUUCUAGGGUGUGGUUAGUUGCCAAGAUGGUCUACACAUUGUUUGAGUCCAUCCUAGGCAACAAAGUACUCGAGGAAAGACUCCAGAAGGCUGCCGGUAAACGACAUAAAAAGAUGGCCCAGAGUCUGUCAGCUGGUAUUUACCAAGCGCAGGCUCAGCAGGUCAAGCGAGAAGAGCCGCAAAAGCGCAAAUACGAUGAUAUGGCUCUCGACUUUGGAGCUGUCAGCAGUACGCCAGCUCCCCAGGAGUCCUAUGAACGAUCUCGACCUCAAACUCCAAGCCAGACUCCAUCUCGCGAGUUACCGGGUGGCCCAAUGGCACCACCUAUUGCCUCACCCAGCUCGAGACCCAAUCCAGAUGCUUUUAUGGGUGGUUCGAGCUCACGGCCUCAUACUAGACCCCCUACACCAUUUAACCCAUCUUUUUCUGUCCCAGCUACCCCCCCAGACCUUUAUCUUGUCACUAGGAACUCGCCCAAUCUAUCACAAUCAGUUUGGGAGAACUUCCAACCUGACCAUCUGUUCCCGGAAGGCUCAACUAGCAUGCAUGCCAAUCAGUUUUCACCUCAACAAUCACACCAUAGUAAUCUAGAUCCAAACCUGAUGGGCUCUCACCUAAACAUGCAGUCGCAAAUGCAGCCCCAGCAAAACUCUCCUCUGCCGCAGCGCAUGCGUGGUCAGCAACAGCCUGGAAUGGGUAGCCCACCACAGAAUGUUUUCCUGCAACCGGGAAUGCCGGGUUAUCAACAGGCUCCAGUCAUGGGAUAUCAGGCAUUUGAGAACGCGGUGCAUGAUGGACAAGGUGCUAGUCCGAGUGAUACAUUGAGCAACGCCUCAGCACAGGCAGUUCCCAUGACCAUGAAUGUGGAAGACUGGUGAGUUCGACUUGUUGUGCACAUGGUGAUCUUCUAGGUGUGUUUGCUAAUAUUUUACUCCAGGUUCCAAUUUUUUGGCAUCAACGGUGAUCUUAGCGGUAUGAAUGGUGAUGGCCCUCUUUAAAGGUGUAUUGUCAAAAGCAUAGCUAGGAUUUAGGGGGCGUUUGAGCAGCGAUUUACAUUGCGUUGUCGUCCGGCACAUGGUGCGUUUUUACGAACAACGGGACACGAGAUGCGAUGGGCAUAUAUCCGUAGGUGUUGUUGACAAAAGCGAUUUAUUUAAUACUUUGCCAUGGGUUUGCGUGGCGAUUCCUACAUUACUCCGUAGGCAUGAAGGAAUCAGACGAAAUACGAAUGCCGGUUCCACGAUUUUUGAUGCUCUACUCGUAGUCAUACCUACUGCUUAUGCCUUGUAGGUAGCUGGUGGUAGUACUCGGUCGUUGAUUGGCGUAACACACGAAAUAGCGUAGCGUAGCGAAUUAUCUGCCCGUUUGCCCCUCCC